AUGGAGGAUCCACCACCUUCAAGUUUUGACGAUAUAAAUCCUGAAAACCAGAGAUUUAGUGGCGAGUUUUCCUUUAAAGAUCCAAAAAAAACUUUCAAUGAAGAAGAAGUUAAAAGUAUUGUAAAAGAGAUAGUGGAAGCUACAAUAUUACAAGAUUCCGCAUAUCUUCAUAGUAGAAUAUCCAAUUGGAAUUCUAUUAUUGUGGAAAAUACAGUAAAAAGGUUAGCAGCCUUGAAUAAAUCAAUCAAGUAUAUUGUGACAUGUACUAUUUUUGAAAAGAAUGGUGCAGGUAUACAUGCUACUACCACUUGCCAUUGGGAUAGUAAACAUGAUGCACCACAUACAGACAUGAUACAAAUAGUAUGUAUGUUAUUGUCAAUGUUUGGGGAUUGA